AUGAAUACCACAGAAAGAGAACUCCAGCCUGGCUUCAGGAGGAGCCGUAUGACAUCCGUAAAAGGGCCUAGAACUAGAAGUGUUGUAACAUUUAAUCCAACAACUAUCAGCCCAGGUGAAGAGCUGUACAUUAACAUCCCAAAGCUAAAGCCUGAUUCUUGUUUAGUCCCAGGAUCACUUGCACUAUUAUUUGACUUCAAAAAUUCCAAUACAAAAAGCCACUUUAAUAAUAACCUGUCUAAGUUAAUAGCUAAACGUCUUCAGAUUAAAGUAGCAGGUGAAACAGCUUAUGACUGUUCAGGAGAGAGUUUGUACGAAAUAUACAAAGAUCUAUGGCUAACACUAGGCGACAGGAAUAAGAUGACAGAACAGGGUCUCGCAAGUGAGAAUCUCAGGAAGUUAAUAUCAGGUGAUGACUCAGGUGUAAAAGUUGGUGAUGCCAAUAAAGUAGCAGAUGGACUUCUCCAGAGUGUGUACGGUUCUAAGCUGAAAAAACCAAUUGAUAAAAUAAUUGCAGACCAUGGACUUUACACACCGUUCUCCAUGAAUAACAAUCCUAUGUACAUCCUCACACUCCCACAAUCAGAUGAAAUUAUGACUGCCCAAGGAGGUGAAGCUAAGGGUAAUUAUAAACUUGAUAACCUCGAGUUAGAAUAUGAGACCAUUGAGAAUGACGCCCUUGCAAGUGAAGUAUCAAGGAUGUAUUCAACAGGCCGCUCACUGUCCUACAAACACGUCACUCUUAUGCGUACAAGUAAUUGGGACAAAGAUCUUACCAUUGUCAAUGAAAACAUUAAUAUCCCCAGGAAGAGCAUGUCAGCAAUUGUCCUCUUAUUUACCAAUAGAGUGAGAACUGAUAGUGAAGAAUAUAUUUACCCAAACAUUGAUAAGGUGAACCUGACCAUUGAAGGUGUGCCUAAUGCAGUUUUCUCCCAAGGACUUCAUAAAAAUAG